AUGGGCACCGCUGCAUCGCGUCACUUGUCCGCGGAGGAGUUGCUGGAAAUCCAAGCGGAGACGGGAUUUUCUUUGGCGCGCCUCGAUUAUUUGUACGGACAUUACGAGUCCUUGGAUCGCGACCAGGAGGAUCGAGUCCUGCGCAGCGAACUGCUGAUGGUGCCGCCGGUGGCGUCGCAUCCGCUGGCGGAACAACUGGUGGACGCCAUGUUGCAUCCGUCGCUGGGCUUCCGGCAUUUUGUGCGCGGCUUGGCGCACUUCCGUCGCUCCGAACCGCUCGACCGGAAAUUGGCCUCCAUGUUGCGCCUUUUCGACGAGGACGCCGAUGGCCUGCUGACCGCUGAACAGUGCCACGCCCUGCUCGACCGCCUCCCGGCAACGAAACGGGAAUGCCGCUCGAUGCGCUGGCGCCUCAAACAGAUCCUCGCCGAAAAGGAGAAGCUCGAUUGCGAGGACUUUGCCUACAUCACCAGGGGUCUCGACCUCGAGGAGAGUCUCUCGCUGCGAUUCCACUGA